AGCAGCACUCCAUCUAAUACAGCAACUCAUUCACAAGGACUUCAACUUUCUCACUCAAACAGAUGUUUUAAAUAUGUUGAUAUGGUGUAAUGGGGUCGGUCUCCGGUGUCAGAGGGAAAGCUGUAACCUGCUGCAUCUUAUAAAAGUUGAACUCUGCUUCAUCAAAUCACUCCACGGUCAUUGAUUAUUUUCCUUUGACGGCGAGAAGCAGUUUUUUCUUCUGUUAAUAUUUUUGUUUUCCUCCGUCUUGGUUUUAGUGAAGCUCUGGCUGUCAUGGAGGAGAGUAAAAAUAUCUCAACUAAUCUGAUUACAAGGGAACUCUAGAAAUACCCUCUCUGUUCUCCUGCCCUCCUAACCAUAUCUCUGCACCACUCCACCACCAACCCCCCACACCAUCACCACCACCACUGCAGACUUACUGCCCGAAUAUCUCCAGUAAAAUGGCAGUCUUGAAGGUGACCUUCACUAAGACGAGUCGAGACAACCUGGCCCAGGCUCUGUGGGUUCUGAACUGGGUCUCUGUGAUCACAGGCCUCGUUCUCUUCAGCUUGGGCAUUUUCUUAAAAGUGGAGAUCCAGAAAAGACGAGAGCUCAUGACCGACGAGAUCCAUUCCGUGCCGAACAUGCUGAUCGCUGUGGGUCUCGCCGCCUGCGGCAUCAACUACCUGGGUGGAAAGAUCUGCUACGACUGUGUGGAUGCCGACAAGUUCUUGUACUGGAAGCUCCUCAUGCUGCCGUACAUCAUCUGUACCUUCUUCUUCACCUUCUGCAUCCUGGUGGGAGCUCUGAUGUGCUACACCAUGCGCAGAGACCUGGAGGCCGCUCUGUUUUCAGGUCUGCGGGACGCCAUGCGAUACUACAAGGACACGGACAUGCCCGGGCGCUGCUACAUCAAACAGAGCCUUGAUCUCCUGCAGAUCCACUUCCAGUGCUGUGGAAAUGAUGGGUUUAGAGACUGGUUCCACAUCCAGUGGGUUAGUAACCAGUACCUGGAUAUCACCAGCACUAAAGUGAUGGAUCGUCAGAGGAGCAACGUGGACGGGAAGUACCUCCUGGACGGAGUACCAUUUAGCUGUUGUAACCUGUUCUCACCUCGACCCUGCAUCCAGCACCGACUCACCAACAGGUCUGCGCACUACAACUAUGACCAGCAGAUGGAGGAACUGAACCUGAACCAUAAGGGCUGCAGACAAGCUCUGCUGGAUUACUACACCCACAUCAUGCAGUCCAUCGGCUUCAUCGUGCUCAUCAUCUGGCUCUUCGAGCUCGCUGUGCUCACCGGAGUCCGUUAUCUGCAGACCUCCAUGGAGAACGUUCUGAAGUUAGGAAACCCUGAGUGUGAGUCAGAAGGCUGGAUUCUGGAGAACAGCAUCGCUGAGACGGCUCGCUAUAAUUUCAACAUCAUCAAGAACCUGGGGAAGUGCUACCAGGUGGACGAUGAUCCCAACAUCGAUGUCCCAAGCAGCAGAGGAAACAUCCCAACUCAGCAGAUCCCGUUGUCCAGCUAGCCAAACAUCACGGCCAGACUUUUAAUUGCAAAUUGAGAUCCGUUAUGACCUUAGGAUGUCUCAGAGAAGCUCCAUCAUCUGAAGUUCAGGUUCUGAUGUGAAAAGUCACCUAGUGCCAUACUGGAGAAUUGCUGAGAUGCCAAAUGAAGGAAUUUGUUGCACUUAAACUUGUGUAAAAAAAACCAAACAAAAAACGCCUUCGUAAACAUUGUUUUUUUUUAUGUAUAUAUAAUGUACAAAUACUUGUGAUUUGUUGUCAUAUUUGUAAACGUUACAUUCAUCACUUUUAACAUGCAUUAUGCUUAUGCCUAUGUACAGUAGCUCCUGAAGAUGAUUUAUCAGGACAAAAUACUCACUAAUCCAGGACUUUAAGUGUUAAUUGAGCUAGAAAUGUUGAGUUUUAUUAAUGAAGGUCUGCUUUCUGCUGCUUCUGCUACAUUUAGUAGUCGAUAUUUAAAUGAGCACAGUAAUAUCAAACAUGUGAUAAACACAUCGAUUCAUUUUUAUAAAUAUUACAAUUAAGAACUAUCUGCAUUCUGUGUUCAUGAAUUCAGUUAGACUUUGUUUUAAAUGCUAAUAGUUUGUUUUUUAGUGAAUCAGCUCAUUCGACUCAAGAGUCGACUCUUGCUUCGUAAACCAGGCUCAAAGAGCCGACCUCACCUACAAUAUCCGACUCAAAGAGCCGAAUCACUUAUGAACGACACGUCAAUAUUAACUCGGUUCUUCUGCCUCUGCUGGUAAAACGCUAGAACAGCAUGUAACAUCAUUUUAUCAAGGGUAAAUAAAUGAUAUAAAAUAUUUUGAUAAGAAAUGUUUAGCCUUUUUGGCUUAGAUUUUCAGCUGGAA